AUGGCUCCCAGCCUGUGUGAUGUGGCCCUGAGGGGCGUUUGGAAUGCCAGUACGGAGGGCCAUCAUUAUGUCGAUUUGGAUAUGACACUCCAAAUCAAGUCAGGGCCGGACGGUGUCCUUCCGGUACUUAAGUUAGAACCGGAAAUGGAGGUUGAAAUACUGAGUCAAGGUGUCUAUAGAUUGAAGAAUGAGCCUAGUCAUGAACCUGAUUACUCACUGGGCUUCUGCGCGCGCGUGGAGGGCCCAGACGGCCAAACAUACUAUGGGGGAGCAACAGCAGAGCCGGAUGAUGAUGUCAGUAUAACUUCUGAAGCAACUUCUCGAAAGAUGAUCACACGAGAUAUGAGAAUAUCCCCAUCCCCAGUCAAAAGACUCUUCCCACCAAGUCCAGAUACUCGUGGGGGGUAUGAUGUCGGUGAUAAUAGUGAUGAUGGUUUCGAAUAUGAUGGUGACGAUGAUAGCAGCGGAAGCAGCACAGAGGUUAAGGGGUUUUCCAAUGACACCAACGACAUAUUUGAUGUAUCCAGUCUCGAUGAUUGUGAAAAACAGAUGCAAAGCAGCCCUAGGAAAGGUCAUUCCAUUACUUUCACAAAAGGCCUACAACCUCGGCAUGCACUUCCGGAAUUUGACCUCAACGCCCAGCAAGAUAUGAGGGACAGUGAUGCAGAUGCAGAAGAUAAGGAAAAUGAGGUUCCAAAGGGCGAAGUCGAGUACGAAGGAGUCUGCAGUCGAGCGCCCUUAGUUGAGAUCGUUCCCAAACGUGAUUCCACAGCGGUCCUCAUUUCCGCCCUCAACUCUAGCAAAGAAGAGCCUGAUACCAACAGGCCCGGGAAUAUCACUCCCCAAUCACGAGUCCCUAAAAAUCAUCUCGUUGUUUCUAAAAGAACAUCGAGAUCUCCUCAAAAGGUUCCUCCGAGCAAAAUACCCAUCAAACGGAUGCAUAAAGAUGAAUCAUCGGGGUCAGAUCAGGGCCCAUUUAACGUUGUCUGUCCAGAGAAUAAUGUUGACCCAGCACAGUUCAUGCAUAAAAGAAAUUCGCCAAUUGCACGAAUGGCUAUUAUGGCUCAUGCACUGUCAAGCUCCAAGCCUCUAGACACAGAGGUAGAUUAUGAGGCAAAAGAUGGGAAGGUCGAUGCAACCCGUUUAGGGGAACCGUCCUGUUGUUGGCCUGACAUGGGAGCGUUAGAAAUGGAGACACCAACAAGGCUUCGAUUUUCCAGGAAGUUUCCGGGUCAGGGGGUAGGUGCACUUGAUGAUAAUGAGGGAUUCACAUGGCCAGCCGAAAAGCAAGAAAGCGGAGUUAUACAAUCGUUUACCGACAACGACCUUUCCGGGAGUUUGGUACCCUUUGGUCAAGAGAACCUAAAUGAAGGCUCCAGCAAUGAUCCAUGUCUAGAAUCGUCCAGCGAUGAGAUUUAUCAUACCAUUGAGGAACCAGAGUCCGAAAAUUUUGAUAUCGAUGAAUUCUAUGGGGACGAUGAAGAGUUCGCAGGUAGCAGUUUGAAUGAAGACGAUGAAUAUGAAGAGGACAAUACUAUAGAUCUCCCGAGCCCAUCAACAGCUUCCCAGCGUAGCUUGAAGUGGCAUUGUUCCAGGGAGUUGACUGAGCUCAACAGCUUACGCGAGCACCCAAUUUUAGAAGCAGCUGAUGGCAUGCUGAGAGUGCGUACGAGCUCUAAGGCUGUGCCAGCCAACAUUGGUCUUAUUGCAACGCUACGGGUUACUUUGACCGGCACUUUGAAAGAGGAGUCAGAAGAGUUCAAGGCUACUCUUCCAGAGGAUGAUGGCCAUAUGAGCAUCCAGUGGGAGCUGAGAUUCAAGCCUCCACAAGUUAAUGGAUGGGCGUUGGAGUUAUUCGCGAUGCUACCAUUGAACGCAUCUGACCAAGAAUAUGACAGUUAUGUGGCAGAGUGGCAGCCCUUGGAAGUGAGAGGGGGUCUUGAAGAGAACCAAGCCUUAGAAGCAGAUCAUGUAUCUGAAAUGGAGACUGCACAAGACGCAACUGAUUCAGGAAACUGUCCAUGCUGCUCGUAUCACAUUGGGCAUUUGCCGUUGGUGAACACUGAUAAACUUAUGGCAGUGGCUGGUAGGUUUUCUCACAAAUUAAGCAUUAGAUCGCAGGUGGCACGGGCGCUUCUUCAUGAUCUGUCCAAACCAUGUGGAAAGGCAGUUCACGUUUUCGGAGCUAUGCUGCGUAACUCAUGCGGGGAAGAGGGGCUGGUAUGGUUUAUAGUGAAGUGCAUCAAGUUCUCAAUACUUCUGCUUGUUCUGUCAUUUUCCACUAGGGUUGGGUAUAGAGCUGCCGAAUGGUCCGUUACUUCAUGGGAGGAAAACUACGCUGGUAUACGGCCAAACAUUAUUGACCCGAUGCUUGGGAAAAUCAGGCCAGCGGUUUGCGGCGGGAUGGAGGGCGCAGCUGGAGGAAGGACUGGGCAAUCGGUUGAUAUCGCCGGAAAAGAGGUGGCCGGUGAGGAAUGGCCGUCGACGGCACCAUGGGCCGUGCUUCCAUCGGACAGUGGGGAAGGAAUCAACGACGGAAGGACAAACUCCACGGAAAACGGCUCCUUGACGGUGACCGCGGAUACGGCAUCUAUCCGUGCACCGCCUGAGGUGCAGCCGGCAGCAGGAGAUGGAGACGGACUGGCCAGUAAGUCGAAUGCCAGAGCGAAUGCGGCAGAUGAGGGAACAAAUAUCGGCAGUGGCAACGCCGAUAAGGCUAACGACGCACGCAAGGCGAGUCUGAGGGACAGGGUCGACUGGAUCCUUGGCUGGCGAGGGCCGCUGUUUGACUGA